CGAUCGACUAGACUCUCUGACGACCAUGGGCGAAAGAUGGCGGAGUUCAAGAAAACAACAAAUCUAAGGUUUCCACGUGGUGGGAAAAAUGUAACUAAAGAGCAAGAAUAUUGGAAAGACUUUGAGUUUCCGGUGACAGUGAAGGAUUAUGCAGGAAUCACACACAUCAAUUUCUCUCCAUUGGUACCAUAUCAGUUUGUUACUUCAUCUUCAACCAGGGUUCAGAUAUACAAUCCUUUAACAAGUAAAGUUGACAAGACAAUCUCGCGGUUUAAAGAUGUAGUUUACAGUGGAAUACUGCGUGAUGAUGGCAAGCUAUUGGUAGCCGGGGGCGCUGAAGCAUUGGUGAGAAUCUUUGAUGUCAGUUGUCGUGCAAUCCUCCGUACUUUCAAAGGGCAUGAGAAACCGAUACAGGUAACCAAGUUUUUAGCGGACAACACCCACAUCAUGUCUUGUUCAGAUGAUCAGACGGUGCGUUGCUGGGACAUUCCAAGUGAAACUGAGGUGGUCAAGUUUGAUGACCAUUCAGAUUAUGUCCGCUGUGGUUGCAUCAAUCCAGCCAGCAAAGAUGUAAUAGUUUCGGGUUCUUAUGAUCAUACUGUGAAGCUUUUUGACCUUCGAAGCAAGUCCAGUAUCUUGUCCGUUGAUCAUGGUCAGCCAGUAGAAAGUGUCCUUAUGUUCCCCGGUGGUGGCAUCUUCCUCUCAGCAGGCGGAAACUAUGUCAAGGUAUGGGAUGCCCUUGCUGGUGGUCGUCUCCUAGCAACUAUUAGUGAUCAUCACAAGACCAUAACAUGUAUGUGUUUCUCUGCAAAGUAUGAUAGACUUCUUACAGGAUCACUCGAUAGGCAUGUCAAAGUUCAUGAUGUUACAACUUACAAGACGGUUGCUGGAGUUACAUUUUCCUCCCCGAUCCUGAGUGUCGGCAUUUCUGCUGAUGAUCAGACACUAGCUGUUGGGAUGGCAGAUGGUUUACUUUCGAUAAAACAUAGAAAACAAGUAGAAAAGAGAAAAGAAAAAGCAAAAUCAAAAAGAACUGGCCCUGGGUCAUCAUAUCAAUACUAUGUCAAAGGUCACAUGUUUCAACCAAAACAGAAUGAUUUAUUAGUUGAUCACCGAAGAAAAGAGAAGUUGCAAAAAUAUGACGUCUAUCUUAGAAAAUUUGAACACUCUAAAGCACUGGAUGCCGCAUUGCAAGUCAAGGUUCGAACAGUUACACCAAAUGUCACCAUUACCAUUAUGCAAGAACUUAUAAGACGGGAUGUCAUAAAUAGCGCCCUCUCAGGACGGGAUGAGCAGUGGUUGCGUAUAAUGGUUACAUUUAUCCGGAAGAAUAUCUCCAACACAAGUUUUACCUCAACUUUAGUUGAUAUAUCAAACCUCUUACUGGACAUUUACUCCCCUGUUGUUGCUGAUUCUCCUGCUGUUACUAAUGCACUCAAGUCUUUGAAAAACACAUUAAAACAAGAACUAGAAUUUCAAGAAAAUCUACAUGAAGUGUCUGGAAUGCUAGACUCAAUAUUAGCGGCUUCCCAGUCAAGGCCUUGUCUAUUAGAUAUUAACACUGAUUUUUUAGCAACACCAGGAGCUGUUAAUGGAGUGUCUUAGUGUUUGGUGAUGCAAUGCACUGGUUAGAAAAUUGCAUUCAACAUUAUUAAUAUAAGUACUGUACUAUGUAGUGCUUCACAUAUAGUGGUCAUUGUAUGAAAUACCUAUGAAACAAUACUAAGCUUCCUGAGAAGGAAGGAUUCCACAUUGUUGCAGCUGUAAUCGGUUCACUGACAUUUAAACUACCUGUCUACCCACUUACUCAUGGCUGUAGAGACGAACUGUAGGUGAAGUGUUUUGCACAGACAUUUGAAAUGCAAAGCGAAAGGUUUCAACAUCUGACCUUAAGGUUGACAGCCGGAACCACAACCGCUGCGCCAAAAGCUCUCACACCAAGACAACACAUAAAAAAAGGAAUGGAAAUGCAUCCAUAUGUGAAAAGCUGGAGAAUAGGUAUGAGCAUGGAGGUAUAAUGGUAUGAGGAAUUGCUGAAUAGAUAGUAUUGUCUGUUGUGGUUAAUACAUGUAAUCAUUGAAUCAAAAUAAACAGUAGAAGUUAAAAUAUAUAUUAUGUUAAAA